AUGUUCUCUCUUAUUAAAACUUAUUUAGGUUUCUGUAAAACUAUUUAUCUUCUUCAACUGCCAAACAUUGUUAAAAGCAAAGAGGACAUCAAAAUUGUUUAUAAUCACUUAAAUAAAUUAUUUAAAUGUGCUUUUAAAUCGAGCGUCUUUGAAGAUUUUAUAUUCAAUCCAGAAUUGAUCGAGUUGUUAUUUGAAAAUGCUCCUAAACAAUUUUAUAGUCAAAAUUGUUGGCUGUUUUUGGAUUGCAAUGUUGGGGAUCAUUUAAAAUUUGCUUUGAAUCAUUUGAUUAUUACUGACUAUAUGCAACUUAGUUUUCGUCCAGAUAAAGACAAAACAAAAACUAUAAAUAUUUUAUCUUCAAUUUUAAUGAAUGGAGACAAGUUUAAAGGAGUUCGCUUAACUUCGAAUAAAUUUUUUGAUCUUUUUGAUUUUGCUAUGAAUGUAAGUUUUGGGGUACUAGUCUUAUCUCUCUCACAAGUCCGCAAAGGUUUUUUCGCAAAUUUUGUCUUGCCUUCUUCCUUCUUUUCUCUUCUCGAAAAUUAA